AUGGCUGCAGCCAUAGCAACAAACUUCUCAAUCGGCUUAUCGCAAAACCCGAUUCAUCUUCCGAUUACCGCUACAGAUACUGUGGCUGACGUUGUCUUUCUUCUUGAUACCUCGUCGACAGCUCAACCCUAUUUCAAUGACACUGGAGUUCGGGUCGGAUUGGUGACGGUGCCUGGGGAUGCAGAGGCCACGUUUCCUGUGGCUGCGCUCGGUCAAAUCACGAACACGGAAACUCUCCUUCAAGCACUGAACGAUAUUCCAGUUCACUACAGUGAUUUUAACAACAACGCCCAAUUUCUCGGAUCUGCUCUCGAUUUGGUCAUCCAGGAAUAUACGACUUCUCACAAUGGAUAUCGUAGUGAGAUCAAAAAUCAUUGGAUUAUUUAUCUAACCUCAGCGGCUGGUGUCUCAGAUUUUGGAGAUGCUGUUCAAGAGACUUUUGACUUGAAAACGUCAAAACUGUAUUCGAUUCUCAGCAUUGCCUAUGGCAAUGGAGCAAUGAAUCUACAGGAUAUUCAGAAAUUCUCCGGUGGAUCGUCCUGUGCCUUCUCAACGACCGGUCAAGACACCCUCUUCCUAAAGAUCACCACCAAUAUUCAACAACAAAUUUCUAGCAAUGACGGCUCGUUUUGCAUGGCC